AUGUCUGCUAGAGAGGAAGGUCACGGCAUGGCGAUGGCAGAGAGAGGCACUGGAAAGAGGAGAGUGGGGAAGAGUAGUAAGAAGGGUGGAAAGACGAAGAGGAAUUACAAGUUCAAGGCAUUACCUCCUUCCUCUGCCAAGGUUUCAGUCAAGGACAAAAAGCUGUUCAAGAAGAGAGCGCGAGACUACAAUUCCGAUGAAGACGAUGAAGCUUCGAAACAACCAGAGGUGACCAUUCGCGAGAAGAUAUUCACCGAUGCUAACAUGGGGCCCAAUUACGACGAAAUUGAAGAGGAACAAUUCUCCGACAGGGACGAGAAUUCCGACGGGGAAGACCACGGGGAGAUUCACUCUGGAAUCACCAGGUUUGCUGCUGAUGGAUGCAGCGCCUUCAGAACCGCUUUCAAGGCCAUCAUGAAGAAGACCAAAGGAGAUGAUACAUUGGGUCCCGUUUUAUCAGCACACAAGCAUCUUAUUGCAGAGAAGCUAGCCGAAGAGGAAGCUGAAUGGAAGGCAAAGAGUCAGGCCAGAAAGGCGAAACAUUUGGUUGCUGAGAAAGGACAUGUUAAACCUGCAAGCUAUUUGGAUUCCCAUGAAAAGAUUCUUAUAGGUGUUGCCACGAAAGGAGUACUGACUCAGUUUCCUCCAUCAACUCCUGGAAUCACAGUGGUCAAACUAUUUAAUGCUGUUAACAAGGCUCAACAUGCUCAGAAAGGUUUGAAUCCUUCAAGGUCAAAAGACGCUAAAGUGUUAAAGAAGCGAAGAAAAGAAGCAUUCUUCUCGGAGUUGGGGAAAACAUCGAAAGGAGACUCUAAGGCUCAAACAUCUUCAAAUCCCAAUGGAGACGAAGCUCCUGCUUGGGCUCCUCUUUGUGAUAAUUAUAUGUUAGCAAACCCAAAGCUCAAGGACUGGGACAGAAAACAGGAAACAAGUGAGGGUGAUGAUUUUGCCGCUAUGUCAGGAGAUGAAAGUUAUGAAGACUGA